AUGCAUCGUACCCCACCGCCUUCAAAAAAAAUAAGCGAUUUAGUCGCCGAAAUAAGUGGAAUGAAUUUUCCAAGUGGUAGUCAGACACAACCUCAAAAUUCGCCACCAGUUACACUACCGCCAGCUGUGCCCCCGCCAGCUGUGCCGCCACCAGUUGGGCCACUGCCAACUAUGCCAACGCCAGCUGUGCCAUCGACAGCAGUGCCCCUGUCAGCUGUGCCCCCGUCAGCUGUGCCACCGCCAAUUGCACCACCACCGUUAGCAUCAACAAUCCUUCUAUCCGAACAGAUUCCCUUCGCAGGACAGGCUGCCGAUCUACAAGAAACACUUCCAUCAACCGUUACUGCUGGCCAUCCUAUGCCCCGUCAAUCAUCUGGAAUGAAUCCGAUGACUUCAAAGGCGAUGUCAACAGCAUCCAAAGCCUCAUCACGCAGGCGAGCAUCCCUUCAACUCAAACGGUUAGAAGAAGAACGGCUGCUGCAAGAAAGGUACUUGUCGAAAAAAUAUCAAAUUCUUGAGGACAACCUUUCUGAAGACGAGGACGAUGUUGAAGAUGACCUCAACGGUAACGACAACGCUGAUGGCCCCCCUACAUCCUCAAAAAAUGUGGAAAACUGGUUGAAAAUGCAAACCAAGCAUGGAAAUGUAACUUUUAAUGCCGAUCUACCUAAUAAUAGCACAUUAAAUAAUAACUGGCUAGGCCUUAACGUCAAUCAAAACCACGAUAACACUUUAUUGAACACAAAUAAUGUAGAAAGACAAACUUUUCCACAAUCAACGAACAACAAUAAUCAGAUUCCACAAGAAACCUUAAAUGAUUUCCAAGAUAAUCCCACGUUAACACGGCGACAAUUGGCUGCAAGACAUUCCACACCAAAAGAUCUACCACGGUUUAAUGGAGAUCCUGAGGACUGGGCUUUAUUCAUCAGCUGCUUCGAGAGCAGCACCAGGAUCUGCGGUUUCUCGUCAGAAGAAAAUCUUGUACGCCUUCGGGCAAGCUUGAGAGGGAAAGCACUCGAUGCAGUUCGCAGCCGGUUGUCACAACCCGGUCAAGUUGACAGAAUUAUAAGCACAUUGCAAAUGAUGUUCGGCCGUCCUGAAAUCAUAAUAAACACAUUGCUUAGUAAACUCAAACAAGAACCGCUUCCUAAAGCAGAUAAAUUAGAAUCCAUCCUAAAAUAUUCACUUGAGGUUGAAAGUAUUUGUGCCACAAUGGAAGUUUCUGGUUGUUCAUCGCAUUUAAACAACCCUAUAUUGCUCCAGGAGUUGGUAGAGAGACUACCUCCAACUCUUCGCCUGAACUGGUCCAUAUAUAAACAAACACUUUCAAUAAUUAACAUUUCUCAAUUUAGCUCUUGGUUAUUUGAAGUUGGUCGAGCCGCAAACGAUGUGAUAUUUUCAGGCAUUUCAUCUCCAGAGCAAAAAUCACGACAAGAGCGAUCACAUCUAAAUAUUCACAACGAAGUAGUAACAUCCAAAAAAUGUAAAAUUUGCGAAAAAAAUUGCACUUCAUUGGCUAAAUGUCAGACGUUCCUCGACUACUCAUUACAGCAACGAUGGUCGAUUGUAAAAGAAAAACAUCUGUGCCGAACUUGCCUUCGUCGUCAUAACAACAAAUGUCAAUCCAAACAGCUGUGCGGAGAAAAUAACUGUGCCUAUCGUCAUCAUAAGCUCCUUCACAAUUACUCAUAUAAUCAAACGAAUGCACCUAAAUAUGACAUCGAAAAAUCAGACUCAUCAAAGAAGACUACUGUUGGCGAAACUCCGAAUUCAAACCCCUUCACCAACACAUUUGCAACUCCCUUUGAUGAUUCAAACAAAAAAAUUAACAACACAGUUCCAAUUCCCCUCGCUAAUGCCAGUCAAGAAACAAAAAAUUUACAAAUUUCAACGGCUUCGAAUUCCAUCGCACAACCAACACCAUCAACAUCCAUCGCGACCCAAACACCAUCGAAUUGUCACACUCACCAAAAAGAGAAUGCAAUUCUCUUCAGAGUAUUGCCUGUAACCUUGUACGGAAAAGAGAGAAAGGUAGAAACAUUUGCAUUUCUUGACGAUGGGUCGUCUACUUCGUUGUUGGAAUCGCAGUUGGCUGAUGAUUUGCAAUUGGAAGGGGAAAAUUUACCGCUGCACUUAAAGUGGACAUCAAAUGUAGUACGAGAAGAAGCAAAUUCAAGAAAGGUCGAUUUGGAUAUUUCUGGCGCAGACAUGCAGAAUAAGUUUUCAAUUCAUGGUGUGCGCACAGUGGAAGAUUUGGAUUUGCCGCAGCAAACAAUUAAUGCAAAAGAUUUAUGUAAACGGUAUGUACAUCUAAAGGGUGUUCCACUUAUGUCAUUUGUUGAUGCAAAACCUCGUAUUUUAAUAGGUUUAAAGCAUUGGAAUUUGGGAAUACCGCUCCGAACUAAAGAAGGAAAUACAAACGAACCUGUUGCCACCAAAACGCGGUUGGGUUGGGUGGCGUUUGGCCCAUGUGACAUAACUUCCGUCAAGAAUCUUAGCCUUAAUUUUCAAUUGGAUAUUUGUCCAUGCCGCACUGGUGAUGACUUGUUUUUAAACGAUUCUCUGAAAGAUUACUUUGCAAUGGAAAAUGUGGGAACGAAAAAAGUUCUACUUAUGUCGCCUGAAGAGGAUAGAGCACAAAAAAUACUCGACACUCAUUCGAAAAGAAUUAAAGAUAAAUUCGAGGUUCCAUUGCUUUGGAGAAAUGAUAACUUAAAAUUACCUAAGAGUGAAACUUAUGCAUACAAUCGUCUGUUGUGCUUAGAGCGUCGAUUGGUAAGAGAGCCACAUAUUAAAAUAUUGAUAAAUAACUUGAUUGAAGAUUAUGUUAUUAAAGGUUACGCUCGGAAGAUCGACCCUAAAUCUGAAGUAACAGGAAAAACGUGGUAUUUACCAAUUUUCCCUGUAUUAAACCCGAACAAACCUAACAAAAUUCGCAUCGUUUGGGAUGCGGCAGCAAAAAUAAAUGGGGUUUCACUCAAUUCGGCUUUGUUGACUGGUCCUGACAUAACAUCCCCCUUGCUUGGAGUUUUGUUUCGUUUUAGAGAACGAAAUGUGGGCCUGUGUGCGGACAUAAAAGAAAUGUUUCACCAGGUACAAAUUAAGGCUGAUGACCAGGAAGCACAACGAUUCCUUUGGCGUAAUGCUAAAACAAACGAAGUCGAAACAUACAUUCUUCAAGUCAUGUCAUUUGGCGCAACUUCUUCGCCGUUUUGUGCACAAUAUAUUAAAAAUCGUAACGCACAAGAAUUUAAUCUACAAUUUCCUGACGCUGCUAAGGCCAUAAUAAGAGAUCACUAUGUUGACGAUUAUAUUGCUAGUUAUGAUAAUGAUGAAGAAGCAGCGAGAAUCGCCAAGGAUGUAAUUCAUGUACAUAGCAAAGGUGGAUUUGAAAUAAGAAAUUUUAGGUCAAAUUCUUCAAGUUUAUUGGACGAAUUGAAGUGUCAUUUAGCUGACAAGUGCUCCAGUGUGUCCUUGUCGAAUGCUGAAAAGGUUUUGGGCCUAUGGUGGUCCCCAACAAAUGAUGAGUGGUUUUUCAUAUUUAAUAGCGAUCGAAUGUGUUCUGAAGUGAUGAGUGGUAAGCAGAAACCCACAAAAAGGGAAGUUCUUCAAUUUUUAAUGAGAAUUUAUGAUCCUUUAGGUCUGAUUGCUAACAUUCUGGUAAACGUUAAAAUUUUGCUGCAGUCUAUUUGGAGAUCUGGUGUUGACUGGGACGAGAAAAUAAGAAACGAGCAUUUCGUUAUUUGGAAUAAAUGGCUUCGUCUGUUGCCUGAGAUCAAUAAUAUUAAAAUCCCUCGGAGGUACUUAACAGUGCUUAACUUUCUUGAUGCAGAUAGUGUUGAGUUACACAUAUUUUGCGAUGCAAGUGAAGAGGCUCUAGCUUCGGCCGCAUAUAUUCGAGUUAUGCAUGGAGAAGAAAUCGAGUGCCGUUUAAUAGCAGCAAAAACGAAAGUUGCACCCUUACGUCACAUAUCAAUUCCACGAAUGGAACUUGAAGCUGCAGUUCUUGGGAGCAGAUUAGCAACUACAAUCAUCGAAAGUCAUUCAAUUAAAUUUACACGCCAAAUAUACUGGACUGAUUCUAAAACCGUCAUCUAUUGGCUAAGGUCACCGAGCAGAAAAUUUCAGCAGUUCGUUUCUUUGAGAAUUGGCGAGAUUCUUGAGAAAACUCAUGCAGAAUAUUGGAAGUGGGUUCCAUCUAAAGAAAAUGUGGCCGAUGAAGCCACAAAAACCCGAAUGAAUUUCGAUUUUUCAUCGCAAAGUCCAUGGUAUAGAGGUCCAGAUUUUUUGUGGUUAAAUGAAAACUUCUGGCCGAAGUGUGAACUUGAUUCUAUAAAGCCAGAUAGUGAAUUUGUUGAACAUCUUCAUCACAGCACCAAAGAUGUCAAUCAGGAAUGGAUAAUUAAUUUCAUAAAUUCUCAAAUUGGAGGGAGCUUCUUAAUGCCAUGUCAAGAGUUUACCUCUUCAUUGAUUGGUACUUUACCCGCAACCCAGAUCUCACGCUUCAACAAUUCAUCGACGAUGCAGAACGUUGUUUGUGGAGGCGAGCACAGAGAGAUGUGUUCAGUGAAGAAAUCAUACUUCUAG